GGCAAUUCAUAUAACUCUGAAUCAACAACCUCAAAAUCGUCUUUUUGCUGCUUAAAAAACUCUUGGUUGCGUGAAGUUUAUAUCUCGGUGCUUCAUAGACCCGAAAACCCCGGCUUCUGUACCCCGAAUCGGAAGCCUACCGACGUUCUCUAUCCUCUCGGCCUUCUUCCGUUGCAGCAGGCACAUUUGCUUGCGGCACUGCAAAAAGAACACACCUUUCAGAAGGCCUCAGGCAGUCAACCUGGCGCCCCUUCAGCGGUUGUCGUCCGUGGUAGUGGGGGUAGGCGCAGCAGCCAGUCGUAGCCUGUUAAGAUCGGCACUUGCAAUGGAGGGGAGAAAGGUGCCCCGCGCUCCGGAGCUGUCCGCCGAGAGCCCCUCUUCUUCUUCGGCGGGCUUCAAGACGUAUUCGGCCGCUGGAACUGGAUCUGCGUCGGCCGAUAGGAUCUCUCUCGUCUCAGGUCAUUUGUCGUCUUCUUCUUAUACCGCGGCUUCUCCUGCUCAAGCUUCAGUUUCUUCUCAAGCUCGUCGUCUUUCAACAUCCACAGCCACCAUGUCUUCUCAACCUGAACACGCUACUCUCCUCAUCCCCGGACCCAUUGAGUUCGAUGAUGAGGUCCUCAAGUCCAUGGGCCACUACAGUGAGAGCCACGUCGGCCCCGGCUUCGUCAACACCUUCGGCGAGACCCUCACCCUGACCCGCAAGCUGUUCCAAUCGACCGACCCCUCCGCCCAGCCCUACGUUAUCUCCGGCUCCGGUACCUUGGGAUGGGAUAUUGUUGCUGCCAACCUUGUCGAGGCUGGUGAGAACGCCCUCGUUCUCAGCACUGGAUACUUCGGCGAUGGCUUCGCCGACUGCCUGCGCGCCUACGGUGCCAACGUCACCAAGCUCGACGGUGAAGUUGGCGGCCGACCUCAGCUCCCCGAGAUCGAGAAGGCCCUUUCCGAGAAGAAGUACAAGAUCCUCACAGUCACACAUGUCGACACAUCGACUGGUGUCCUGAGUGAGCUUAAGAACUUGGCCGCUACUGUCCGCCGUGUCUCCCCCGAGACUCUUGUUAUCGUCGAUGGCGUCUGCAGUGUGGCCUGUGAGGAGAUCGCUUUCGAUGAGUGGGGUCUGGAUGGUGUUGUUACUGCCAGUCAGAAGGCCAUUGGUGUUCCCGCUGGUCUCUCCAUCUCAUUCUUCAGCGGCCGAGCUGUCGCCGCUGCUCUUGAGAACCGCAAGACUCCUAUUCCCGCUUACUUCGCCUCUCUGAAGAACUGGACACCCAUCAUGAAGAACUACGAGGCCAAGAAGCCCUCUUACUUCGCUACUCCUUCUCCUCAGCUCAUCCACGCCCUCCACACUGGCCUUACUCAGAUCUUCACCAAGCCCCUAUCCGAGCGAUUCCAGGGCCACAUCGAGGUUUCCAACAAGGUCAAGAAGGCUGUUACCGAUCUUGGCCUGAAGGUCGUUGCUACUAAGCCCGAGGACCAGGCUCACGCCAUGACUGCUAUUUACCUUCCCGAUGGCAUUGGCGCUGCUGAUGUUCUGCCCAAGCUGGCUGCUAAGGGUGUUGUCUUUGCUGGUGGUAUUCACAAGGCCAUUGCCCCCAAGUAUAUUCGAUUCGGCCACAUGGGAGUCAGCGCUCUUGACCCCAGCCGAAACCACAUCGAGAAGGCUCUUAGUGCUCUUAAGGAUAGCUUGGUCGAGGCUGGUUACAAGGCUUAAAAAGAUAAUGAACGAAUAUCAACAUCGCUUGAGUACGGUCAAAAGACGGCACAUUGCCAGUUCUUCGCCGUUCAUGCAAAAAAAGUUAAAUAAUGAAACUAUGGCUGGCCAUGUAUGGAUAUUUGGAUACAGACGGAGCCAACUAUAGAGGGUUGGCCAGUAUUGUCUUUUGUCGAUAGAGCGAGCCUUGAAAAAAUAUGAUACUUUGAUGACCGACGUGUUUAGCCAUG